UUUAUUAUUUAUAAAUUUGAGUCAUAUUUUUAUUUUGUGUGCAAUUAUAAACACUGACCAUAUCAUUCGUUUUAAUCAUAGAGCUGUUCCUGCUUUGGGACUUGCUGCGUUUUUUAUGCGCAAUCUAUUGUACUUUAUUAUACAUUUAGUGAGAGAGAUAGCACACGCAACCAAACUGAACAGAUUCAGCCUAUUAUUGUUUGGAUGAUCGGAUAAACCCCAAUUUGAAGGACUUUUCUAUAUCUGUGUGUAGUAAGAUGGACAGUUGCACUAAAUCCAUGUUUCACCCUAAAGAUCAUCAGCAUUUAAGAUACAAUCCUCUGCGGAACUCCUGGGUUCUGGUCUCAGCCCAUCGGAUGAAGCGUCCAUGGAAAGGACAGGUGGAGAAACCUCCGGAAGACAAUGUCCCACGCCAUGACCCAAACAACCCCCUCUGUCCUGGUAGUGUUAGAGCAAAUGGAGAGGUGAAUCCACAGUAUGAAAGCACAUUCAUGUUUGAAAACGAUUUUCCUGCUCUCCAGCCAGAUGCUCCUGAUCCCGGUUCAGAUCAUCACCCCCUUUUCAGAAGCAAAGCAGCCAGAGGCGUCUGUAAGGUCAUGUGCUUUCACCCCUGGUCUGACAUCACCCUUCCCCUCAUGCAGCCAGCAGAGAUCCGGAGAGUGAUUGACAAGUGGGCGGAGCUGAUCGAAGAGCUCGGAAUCACGUACACAUGGGUGCAGAUCUUUGAGAAUAAAGGAUCCACGAUGGGCUGUUCGAACCCUCAUCCUCACUGUCAGGUUUGGGCGAGCAAUUUUCUUCCCAAUGAACCGGCGCUGGCAGAAAGCUGUCAAAAAGACUUCCUGCAGAAGCACGGGGAGCCCAUGCUAGUGCAGUACGCUCGAAUGGAGGCGGAAGCACAGGAGCGUGUUGUAGUGGAAAAUGAGCAUUGGCUGGUGGUGGUGCCUUAUUGGGCGACUUGGCCCUUUCAGACUCUGCUGUUGCCACGACGACAUGUUUUGCGUCUCCCUGACCUCACCAGUCAAGAGAGAGAGAGUCUGGCGUCCAUAAUGAAAAGGCUCCUGACGAAAUAUGACAACCUCUUCGAGGUCUCUUUCCCCUAUUCAAUGGGAUGGCAUGGAGCGCCGACAGGAAGUUAUCUGAAGGAAGACAUGGGCCACUGGCAACUACAUGCUCACUAUUACCCCCCUCUGCUGCGCUCUGCCAACAUCCGCAAGUUUAUGGUUGGUUAUGAGAUGCUAGCUAAUGAACAGAGGGACCUAACACCUGAACAGGCUGCAGAACAGUUAAGAAAGCUCGGAGAGGAACAUUAUAAGAUGUUGAAGACAGAAGCAGGUGGAGGAGAGGAGAACUAAGACAGUAAGACCUGUCUGCCAUCAUCUGCCAAAUAAUGAGGAUAUAAAACUACUUCUGAACAACUUUUAUAUUGUUCUCAUUCAAGUUAGAAAUUUGAAACCAAAGUUUUUGUUGAAGGCCACAACAUAAAGGCCACACAGUGAGUGGUAAUGUCACUUACGGUAAACAAAGGGAAUGAGUAGAAAUUUUAAUGUAGGCUACACAAUAAAACCUGUCUGGCUGACUGACAAAUUUGAUCAAUAAAUCAUAUCAAUGUCAAUGACCUCACUAAGGGUUACAUUAAAUAUUACUCUGUUGUCUAACUUAUACUGCACAAAUUUGAACCAUUACGUUGUGUAGCUUGUUGAGUUGGGAAAAAAUGCUUGGACAUUUUUAACGCAGCAUUUGAUCUAAACGGCCCAAAACCAACUGUUGGUUAAUAAAUUAACCCAAAAAGCUGCAGUGUUGCAACACCCAAAUUCUGUUUUGUCAGCUUCAAAUAACAAUUCACUAGAAUUUCACUAAUGCAUGUGGUAGCACUUUAUUUUGUGGUGCCCUUGUAACACGUUACAUGUUACGACGGCGUUUUAGUGCCAUGAAAAAAUAAAAAAAAUCCAAGAUUUCGAGAUUAAAGUCGAAAUGUUACGAGAAUAAAGUCCGACUGUUACGAGAUUAAAGUCGAAAUGUUACGAGAAUAAAGUCGAAAUGUUUCGAGAAUAAAGUCGAAAUGUAACGAGAAUAAACUCGUCGUAAUACGUAUUUUGUUUAUGUGAAAGUUGUAGUUUAAGAGUUUAAGAUCGUCAUCUGAACCAGUGAGUUAGUUCUUAGUUCAUUUUUGAUUUUUUCUUCUGAAUAAAUUCAGUUUCCUACAUAACCACUGCAGUGUCCUUUUACUAAUUAUAACUCCGUGAUGAUGCGCCAAAAGACAAAGAAUUUCCUUAUUGCUAAAUCCUAAUCUAAAGUAGGAUUUAACCAAAUCCUCCACAUCCAUUGUUUCUAGAAAUUCUGUUAUUUUUCUCAAAAUAUUACGAGUUUAUUCUCGUAUUUCUACGAGUUUAUUCUCGUAACAUUUCGCCUUAUUCUCAUAAUAUUUCGACUUUAUUCUCAAAAUCUUUUUUUUUUUUACGUGGCACUAAAACGCCGUCGUAACAUGUAUUUACCAUAGUAUUUACUAUAAGUUAUGCAUAAUUUCAUGUAACUCACCCUUAACUAACCCUAUAGUAGGUAUAUAAGUACAUGUAGUUAAUUUGUAUUACUCAGUACUUAAAGUAUAAUCACACUCUAACACGGGCACUGUAACAUAAAGUGUAACCAUGCAAUUUCACUAGAUUCUCACUUAUCAGCAGUAUUUUGACUUUACAAAACAUACAUUUCAGACACCUCAAAUGUCUCACAAAGCCAUUUCUCUCAAGAAACAGUAGAUGGGGAAGUGACGGGGUUUAACUAACUAGAAAGAUAUAGCUUUUAAAAUAAUUAUAAAUUUAAACAAAUAUGCAAAUGAGUGAUGAUGUUUACUUUUACAGCUUACUAUUAGAGUUAUGUUGUUAUCAUUUUUGGUGUGAUUAUUUGAGACAGCAUCUACCAUUCAUGAAUCCUAGAUACUGGAUUCAAACGAUAAAAUGCAUAUAAAAAUACAGUAUAUAAAAAAAUAUAUACGUGGCAUGAUACCAGUUUUAACAAUAAUUGUUGUUGAUAUUAAAUUGUUGAAAUGCUCUCUCUGUGUCCCUAUACACAUAUCUUUUAUGUGUGAUUGUUUGUGUGAAACAAAAUUAAACAUGAAUUUGACUGAU